AUGGCGUUGGACGGCGGCGUCAGCGUGCGCAACGAUCGCAUGGGGAUGGCCGCAGGAGGUGGCAAGGCGGACGUGGCGAGCCACGAGGGCGGCGCGCAACAGGCGGCGAGCGGCAGCCCGUUAGAGGUGAGCGCGAUGGCGCGGGCGUGGCGGCCCUGGGAUGCGGCGUUGGCGGAGGAAGCGGCGAUCGGCACGGUGGGCAACAGGCUCAGGCGCAGAAUAUCAUCGACCCGCUUCCGAUGCUCCCCGCUCCUUCUUUCCCUUCUCCGUAUCGGUGCUAUCGCGCAGGGGCCGGUGUGGGUGGAGGCGAGGGCCAGCUGUGCGCACAUACACGCCAUCACCACGCUGGGCGACCUGCCCUCCACGCACGCGCUCUGCAAGCAGUAUGCCUCCACCCACCCACGCUACCCGUCCCCUCGUCCUUCCUGCACGGCUCCAGCUCUUCCCCCCCUCCCCCCCACCCCUCAUUCACUGUGCGGGUGUGCGGCGGACAACUGGGUGUGUCUGUCGUGUGGCGAGGUGGCGUGCGGGCGGUCAGAGGGCGCUCACAUGGUGAAGCACUUCUACGCCACAGGCCACCCACUCGCUGCUGGCUUCAGGGAUUCGUCGGUGUGGUGUUUCCAGUGCGACUCCUACCUGGACGCUUUAAGAAUACCAACCCUUCGCCCUCUCUUCCACUCCCUCUAUCGCUCCAAGUCUGGUCAAUACUCCGAUCUGUCCCUGCACUCGCACGCCCAUUCACCCACCUCUGCCUCAGCCUCGGCCACAGCAUCUCUAAGUUAG